AUGGACGCGUCCAAGAUGGCCACCUCCCUGAGAGCGGAGAUGGCGAGCCUGCAGUCGACCGGCAAGAAGAUCGGCGGCGGAAGCAAAGGGAAGGUGUUUCGCGGACGCGUGCAGAUCGUCGCGUUUCUCGUCGUCAUCGGCGUCGUCGUCGGCGUCGCGCAGCACGUCGCGAAGAAAGGGCUGCCGGACAUCGACCCGGUCAAGGUGCACGACGCGAUCGCCAAGGCGGGCGUCCUCGGGAUCGUCGUCUACGUCGUCGGGUUCGGCCUCGCGGAGCUGCUGCACCUCCCCGGGCUCGUCUUCAUCGUCGCCGGCGUGCUGUGUUGGGGGAAAUUCAACGGCUGGGUCCUCGCGCUUCUGCUCGCGCCGACGUCGUGCGCCAUCUCGUUCCUCGUCGUGCGGCGGAUAGGCGGGCAGUACCUCGCGGAUCUGCAGUGGGGGGUGGUGAGGAAAGCGAUGGAGAAGCUGGACGAGCACCCGGUGCGAACCGUCGCGGUGCUGAGGCUGUGCUUCUUCCUCGCGCCCAUCCUGAAUUACGCGCUGGCGCUGUCCAACGUGCGGUUUAAGGACUUCAUGAUCGGGACGACGGUGGGGUUAGUUCCGACGCUGUCGAUCGCGGUGUUUUUCAUCGAUCACCUGAUCACGUACAUGGGGUGGAGUAAGGCGCAGCAUCUGGAGGUGGCGGCGGCGGCGUCGCCGCCGCCGGCCGGGAUGUGGUCCUUUUUCGGAUGAGCGACGAGGACGCACCUCGGGGGCGAUCUGAGCGUCGGGGGACGCGAGACGAGUUGUUAGUCGGGCGGGUCUUAGCGGGCGUACAGUAGGUACCAGCACGUUUGUGUGUUUAUUAUGAAUGCGCGUACUUCUUUUU